AUGGGCGGCGAUGGGACGGCUUCUUUGGGACCUUCCCAUGGACCUCAAGAGCCUUUUGUUUUAAACUCUUCAGGGUCAGACCCAGUUUAUGGUUGUCGCACAAGCGGAACCCUAGUUGAUGGGUCCGUCGACACGCAUGAGGCUACUACGGCCCUGGAACAUCAAGGCGAAGAAAAGCAUAGCGUGUCACCCCUCAAUUCUAUAAAUGAAUACACUGUGUCUGGCACAGCUCCCUCUGAGUAUGUCACUCGCUACGGCCACUCGGUGCAUUUGCUGGAUCCUGUGGGCGUUCACGACAUGGAAGAACGUGUGAAGGAGGCGGAAAAGACUCGUAUGUCUCGCACCAUGUCAGCUGGUGACCUCGAGCUGCAGCCUCAAGAGGCCUCGGGUCAUGCCAAUCCGUUUCAUGAUGGUAACUUCGAUCUGGCUGGCUUCAUUGAACACCAGCUGGACACGCAGCGUGCCAACAGUGGUCGAGAGCUGCCCUCAAUGGGUCUAGCUUUUAAAAAUCUUACGGUCACAGGCUAUGGCCUCGGUGCAACCCUCAGUGUCGAUGUGGGAACAGUUUUGACGCUUCCUUUCCGUCUUGUUGGUAUGAUAACCGAUUUUAUUAAAAGGCCUACAAAAGGUAUCCUGCAUGAUGUCACAGGAUGUGUGAAGCCUGGUGAGAUGCUUCUUGUCUUGGGACGACCGGGCAGUGGUUGCACCACGCUGCUGCGCUCUUUGGCAUCGUAUCGGGAUGGUUACCGCAGCAUUGAAGGCAAGGUCACGUACGAUGGUUUCGAUCACAAGAUGAUAGAAGGGCCGCUCCGUGGUGAGGUCGUUUAUUCGCCUGAGGAUGAUGUGCAUUUCCCAACACUCACUGUGAAAGAUACUCUGGCAUUUGCUGUGUCUUCUCGCACGCCCAGCUCAGAGUUCCGCGGAACAUUUAAAGACAAAGGUAAUCGCAAGGAAUUCACCAAACUAUUCCGUGAAGCUAUUGCCACGAUUCUAGGGUUGCGCCACACAUACAACACCAUCGUUGGCAACUCUUACGUCCGUGGUGUAUCUGGUGGCGAGCGCAAGCGUGUCAGUAUUGGUGAAACCCUUGCUUCGCGUGCAUCGAUUCUCAUGUUUGACAACUCAUCACGGGGUCUUGACGCGUCCACGGCGCUGGAAUUCGUUCAGUCGCUCCGUAUUGCGACUGAUGUGGCUAACGCUACUACGAUAUCCAGUAUAUACCAGGCGGGCGAUGGUAUUACAAAGACAUUUGACAAAGUGGCUCUACUGUACCGUGGGCACUGUAUCUACUUUGGUCCUGUGGGGCUGGCUGUUGACCACUUCAAAUCAAUUGGCUAUCUUCCGUAUGACCGGCAGACUAUGUCGGACUUUUUGGUGGCAGUAACUGAUCCAACGGCGCGUCAAAUAAACCCUGAUUUUACCGAGGUACCACAGACACCGGAGGAGAUGGCGGCGGCUUUCCGCAUGUCGAAAAUUGGUCAGGCCAAUAUCGCCGAAGUGGAUGCGUAUAUGGCUGAGAUGGAGAACAAGUCUCACGAUGAAAUGCUGGCUCAUAUGAACAUGACUCGGGGGCAACGCACGCGUCGUGUUUCAAAGAAGAGUAUGUACAUGCUCUCUUGGCCUCAACAAAUUCGACUAGCUAUAAAGCGUCGAGCUCAAAUUUCUGUGGGUGAUUGGCAGACGGCUGUGAUUCUGUCUGGCUCCGUCAUUUUUGUAUCUUUGAUCAUGGGUUCUGCCUACUACCAGAUGGCCGAUGACUCGCAGGCUAUGUUCUCGCGUAGUGGUGUUCUCUUCUUUGCGUUGCUUUACAACAUCUUUUCGGCCAUGGCCGAAGUACCUGCCAACUAUCAGCAACGACCUAUCGUGAUUCGUCACAAGCGUUUUGCUAUGCUUAGGCCUGCUGCUGAUAGUCUUGCCAAUGUUCUUCUGGAUAUCCCUACUCGCUUUAUGCCUAUGACGCUGUUCAACAUUAUAUUAUACUUCAUGUCGGGUCUAUCAGUUGAUGCUGGCAAAUUCUUCAUCUUUUUCUGGCUGGUUCUGCUUGCCACAUUUACCAUGGUUACUUUAUUCCGUGCCAUUGCCUCCUUGUUCCGCUCAGAGGCCUUUGCGACGAUGAUUGCUGGCAUUAUUGUCCUUGACGUGGGUAUGUAUACGGGCUUUGCUAUUCCUCGUCCUUCUAUGCCUGUGUGGUGGCGCUGGUUGUCGUAUUGCAAUCCUGUAUCUUUCGCCUUUGAGAUUCUGUUGACAAAUGAGUUCCGCGGCAAGGUUAUGUCGUGCACACCAGAAGAAAUGAUCCCACCUGGCGCGGCAGUUGCGAACCAAGUAUGUCCUGUAUUGGGCAACAGACCCGGGACCAUGCUAAUCGACCCUUCAAGCUACUUGGACAUCAAAUAUGGGUAUGAGUGGUCUAAUGCGCAUCGUAAUGUCGGGAUUAUCAUUGGCUUUUUCAUUUUCAAUAUCAUCGUGUAUAUGGUUGCGUCAGAAUUCCAGAGAGAUCCAGCUUCAGGCACCGUCAUGAUCUUUAAGCGUGGUAAGGUGUCGAAACGGGAACUUAAGAGUCUUGUGAGCAAUCCUGAACACGUGCAAGAUAACGGACAACAGAGCACUGCAGUCGAGCAAAAAGAAAACCGCACGGAUGACGCACUUGCUGUGUCUGACGAAGUAUUCAGCUGGAGGAACAUCAACUAUGAUGUUUCGAUUAAGGGAAAGCCUCGGCGCCUUUUGGACAAUGUUUCUGGCUUUGUUGCCCCUGGUAAAAUGACGGCUCUCAUGGGUGAGAGUGGUGCGGGUAAAACGACCUUGUUGAAUGUUCUGGCUCAGCGCGUGGACGUCGGUGUGAUUACCGGUGAUUUCUUGGUCAAUGGCCGACCUCUGCCCAAAUCAUUCCAGGCCGAUACCGGUUAUUGCCAGCAACAAGACGUACACAUGACUGAGCAAACGGUGCGUGAAGCCUUGCAAUUCUCCGCAAUGCUUCGACAGCCUCGUGAAACGCCGAAGGAAGAGCGCUUGGCAUACGUUGAAACGGUGAUUGAGCUUUUGGAGAUGCAAUCAUUUGCGGAUGCCAUUGUCGGCAAUGUGGGUGAGGGACUUAACGUGGAGCAGCGCAAGCGACUGACGAUUGGUGUGGAGCUAGCUGCGAAACCGAAGCUACUGCUGUUCCUGGAUGAGCCUACGUCAGGUCUUGAUGCACAGGGCGCGUGGUCGAUUGUGCGCUUCCUGAAGAAGUUGGCGACCGAAGGUCAAGCUAUUCUGUGUACGAUCCAUCAACCCAGUGGUGAGCUGUUCAAUCAAUUCGACCGUCUCAUGCUGCUACAGAAGGGUGGUAGGACAGCGUACUUUGGUGAUCUCGGACCAAACUCGCGGACCCUCAUUGACUAUUUCGAGAAGCGAAGUGGAGUGCGCUGCGACGAGAAUGCAAACCCUGCCGAGUAUAUUCUGGAGGUUAUUGGUGCGGGUGCGACGGCAACGACGGACAAGAACUGGUUCCAGCUUUUCCGCGAGAGCGAGCUGUAUGUGGAGCUGCAGCGAGAGCUUGAUGCGAUCGAUGGGCGAAAACUCAACGAGGAACAUGAUGCGGCUACAGCGUCGCAGCUUAAUCGUGAAUAUGCCCAGCCAUUCAUGGUCCAGCUUAUUAGCUGCACUCGCCGAAUGUUCUUGUCGUACUGGCGUAACCCUUCCUAUAUCUGUGCCAAGUUGAUGUUGAAUAUUAUCGGUGGUCUCUUUAUUGGGUCCACAUUCUGGGGUAAAGGGAAUGAGUUUUCGCAAGCCGGAUUGCAAAACAAACUUUUUGCAUCGUUCAUGACACUGGUUGUAUCUACUUCGCUGGCUCAGCAGUUGCAGCCCGAGUUUUUGCGCCAACGUGACUUGUUUGAGACUAGAGAGGGACCAUCGAAGCUGUACAACUGGCUUGUUUUCCUUCUGAGCCAGUUGAUCGUUGAGAUUCCUUGGAAUUUGCUAGGCGGGACCCUUUUCUGGAUUCCCUGGUAUUACAUGGUACAAUUUGGUCACGAAAGCGAACGAACUGGCCUUAGUUGGGUGUUCUACAUGCUCUUCCAACUUUGGUACUGUACAUUCGCUCUGGCCCUGGCCGCUAUCAGUCCCAAUGGUCUUGUUGCCUCGGUGCUCUUCUCAACGGCCUUUUCGUUUAUUGUGACAUUCUGUGGUGUGGUCCAGCCUCCGCCACAGAUGCCCUAUUUCUGGCGGUCGUGGAUGUUCCAUCUGAGUCCCUUCAAGUAUUUCGUGGAAGGUAUGCUGAGCAAUACAGCAUCCGACCAGGUCGUUGUUUGUUCUUCUGACGAGUUAAACACCGUCAUUCCGCCACAAGGCAUGUCUUGUGACGCUCAUAUGGGCGGCUAUACCAACUCGCUGAACCAACCUCUCAGUCCGGGUCAUGGUUAUUACACUACCGGACCAGCAGGCGAAUGCCAGUUCUGCCCUGUCAAUUCGGUUGCUGAUUAUAUGCGGUCGAUCAAGAUGAACCCUAGCUAUCGUGAUCGUGAUAUUGGUAUUAUCUUUGGCUACAUUGGUUUCAACAUCCUCUUAUACUUUGCUCUCUACUAUGUUGCUCGCGUAUUUAAAUGGAAGAACAUCAAAACGAAAAAGCGUGAUUCCAAACAGGACAAAGAGGUUAAAAUCCCUGCUAAUGAACCUGUGCAUACGAGUACUCCUGGAGUAUCUCUAGCCACGCAUCCGACCAUAUAUUCAUCCAAAGGAUUGCCGAUCACCAUCUUGGACCCCAUCGGCGUCUCUGAUAUAUCCGAAAAGUUUAUUGAGGCAGAUAAACAACAGCAGGUUCAGGCGAUGUCGUCAGGGGAUGUCGAGAUGCAGUCUCAUCGAAGUGCUAAUCCUUUUGACCAAGAUAAACGAUUUGAUCUAGGAGCCUUUUUGCACUACCAGCUUCAGAUUCAAAGGGAACACGGGCAUCAAGUGCCAAGCAUGGGUCUUGCUUUCCAGAAUCUACAUGUGACCGGAUAUGGCAUUGGCACUAAGCUAAGCUCAGAUUUAGGCUCUAUUUUAACAUUUCCACUGCGCAUUCACACAUUCUUAAAGGACCUACUGCGGCCACAUGUCAAAGAAAUUCUACAAGAUGUAACUGGAUGCGUAAAGCCCGGUGAAAUGCUUUUGGUGCUGGGUCGUCCUGGAAGCGGAUGUACCACGUUUCUCAAAUCUUUGUCGUCCUAUCGUGAGGGAUAUCGAAGCAUUGAAGGCAAGGUACUUUAUGGUGGAUUUGAUCACAAAAUGAUCGAUGGACCUCUUCGAGGUGAGGUUGUAUACACCCCUGAAGAUGAUAUGCACUUUCCAACCCUCUCUGUCAAGGACACAUUAUCUUUCGCUGCGGCGGCACGAACACCGCGUUCCGAGUUUCGUGGUACUUUCGACAGCACUUCUGCACGCAAAACAUAUGCCGAACUCUUCCGUGAAGCUAUCGCAACAAUUUUAGGUCUGCGCCAUACUUACAAUACAGUUGUCGGCGACUCUUUUGUACGGGGCGUAUCUGGUGGCGAGCGAAAGCGUGUUAGUAUUGGUGAAGCGCUUGUAUCGCAUGCUUCGAUCUUGCUAUUUGACAAUUCGUCGCGUGGUCUCGACUCUUCCACAGCACUCGAGUUUGUCCAGUCACUCCGAAUUGCCACUGAAGUUACAAAUGCGGCGACUAUCUCGAGUAUGUAUCAGGCGGGCGAGACGAUCACGCAAACAUUCGACAAAGUGCUUGUCCUAAACAAAGGGCACUCCGUAUAUUUUGGCCCAGUGGACCAAGCGGCUGACUACUUCAAGUCGAUAGGGUAUCUUCCCCACGAUCGGCAGACAACAUCUGACUUUCUUGUUUCCUGCACAGACCCAGUUGCGCGACGGUUGAAUCCUGACUUUCAAGAUGUGCCAUUAACUCCGUCCGACAUGGCAGCUGCAUUUCUUGCGUCUUCUGUGGGUCAGGCCAACGUGAGAGAGGUGAAUGCGUACAUCGACGAAAUGGAGAGCAGGUCUCAAGAUGAAUUGUCCGCAAGGAUGAGCGAGACUCGUGAAUGGAGAACGCGUGGUGUAUCGAAAAAAAGCAUGUAUACGUUGUCGUGGCCUCAACAAAUCCGGCUCGCUAUCAAGCGUCGCGCUCAAAUAUCGUGGGGCGAUCGCUCUACAACGAUUAUUUUAACAUGUGCUAUGACAUUCCAAGCUUUUAUUAUGGGUUCGGUCUUCUUUCAGAUGGAUAACAGCUCAGCUGCAUUAUUCUCUCGCAGUGGUGUGAUGUUCUUUGCAUUACUGUAUAACAGCUUCUCUGCCAUGGCUGAAAUCCCAAAUAAUUAUCAGCAACGCCCUGUGGUGAUCCGGCAAAAACGUUUUGCAAUGCUUCGUCCCGCAGCCGAUGCUUUAGCGAAUGUUUUGCUCGAUAUACCCGUUCGUGCGACCGCCAUUGCCUGCUUUAAUAUCAUCUUGUACUUUAUGACAGGCCUAUCCUACGAUGCAGGGAAAUUUUUCAUUUUUUUCUUCAUGGUCUUGCUGGUUACGUUCACAAUGGUGACCUUCUUUCGUUUUCUAACAGCUGUCUUCAGCCAUGAAGUUAUGGCUACCAUGUUAUCUGGAUUGGUUAUUAUUGACACGGCGCUGUAUGCUGGUUUCGUGAUUCCUCGCCCUUCUAUGGUCGUCUGGUGGCGGUGGCUCUCAUAUUGCAAUCCUAUUGCAUUUGCCUAUGAGGUUCUACUGUCGAAUGAGUUCCGCAAUAAGGACAUGUCAUGUCUUCCAAACGAAUUGGUUCCGCCUUAUCCUCAAGCUGACAUGGCCAAUAGGGUCUGUCCUGUGCCUGGAUCCCAGCCUGGCACGUCAAAAAUAGACACGGCUCGCUAUUUGGACUAUGCAUAUGGAUACAGGUGGGAAAAUACAGACCGAAAUGUCGGUAUUAUCAUUGGUUUUUUCGUCUUCUUUGUGAUAUCUUACAUGGUAGCAUCGGAGUUCCAAACCGACCCGGCAGCCUCAAGUGGUGUUAUGGUUUUCAAGCGUGGAAAGGUGUCUCGAGAACAACUUGCAAAAAUGGAGGACAGCCCGGAAAACCUGCACGCGGCCAAUAUCAGCUCCUCGGAAACCAAACAAGAUGUGAUUCCAGCAGUCAAGAGUCGGCUCGAUGUUUCUGAUGAGAUAUUUAGUUGGCAACAUAUCAACUACGAUAUUAUGAUUAAAGGAAAAUCUCGUCGUCUCUUGGAGGAUGUCUCUGGCUAUGUCGCGCCUGGUAAAAUGACGGCUCUCAUGGGUGAGAGUGGUGCGGGUAAAACGACCUUGUUGAAUGUUCUGGCUCAGCGCGUGGACGUCGGUGUGAUUACCGGUGAUUUCUUGGUCAAUGGCCGACCUCUGCCCAAAUCAUUCCAGGCCGAUACCGGUUAUUGCCAGCAACAAGACGUACACAUGACUGAGCAAACGGUGCGUGAAGCCUUGCAAUUCUCCGCAAUGCUUCGACAGCCUCGUGAAACGCCGAAGGAAGAGCGCUUGGCAUACGUUGAAACGGUGAUUGAGCUUUUGGAGAUGCAAUCAUUUGCGGAUGCCAUUGUCGGCAAUGUGGGUGAGGGACUUAACGUGGAGCAGCGCAAGCGACUGACGAUUGGUGUGGAGCUAGCUGCGAAACCUAAGCUACUGCUGUUCCUGGAUGAGCCUACGUCGGGUCUUGAUGCACAGGCCGCAUGGUCCGUGGUUCGCUUCUUAAAAAAACUGGCUUCUUCUGGUCAAGCUAUUUUGUGUACGAUCCAUCAACCCAGUGGUGAGCUGUUCAACCAAUUCGACCGUCUUUUGCUGCUACAGAAGGGUGGUAAGACGGUGUACUUUGGUGAUCUCGGACCAAACUCGCGGACCCUCAUUGACUACUUCGAAAAGCGAAGUGGAGUGCGCUGUGACGAGAAUGCGAAUCCUGCCGAGUAUAUUCUGGACGUCAUUGGUGCAGGUGCGACGGCAACGACGGACAAGAACUGGUUCCAGCUUUUCCGCGAGAGUGAGCUGUAUGAGGAGCUGCAGCGUGAGCUUGAUGCGAUUGACGUGCGAGGUUUCAAAGAGGAGAAGGAUGAAACUACAGCGUCGCAGCUCAAUCGCGAAUAUGCCCAGCCAUUCAUGGUCCAGCUUAUUAGCUGCACUCGCCGAAUGUUCUUGUCAUACUGGCGGAAUCCAACUUAUUUGGUAUCAAAAAUUUCCUUGAAUAUAUUCGGUGGGCUCUUUGUCGGUUCUAGUUUCUGGGGCCAAGGUCAGAAUGUAUCUCAAGCGGGUCUUCAGAACAAGCUUUUCGCUACAUUCAUGUCCAUGGUUUUGUCUACGUCACUGUCUCAGCAGCUCCAGCCAGAGUUUAUCAGGCACCGUGACUUGUUUGAAGCCCGCGAAGGCCCGUCUAAGCUAUACAACUGGUUUGUACUCUUGUGCAGCCAGCUUGUUGUGGAGAUUCCUUGGAAUAUGAUUGGUGGUACUCUCUUUUGGAUUCCUUGGUAUUUCAUGAUACAGUUUGGCAAUGAAGGAUCGCGUGCAGGAUACAGUUGGGGCUUAUACAUGGUGUUCCAAAUAUAUUUCAGUUCGUUUGCACAGGCUCUAGCGGCAAUCGCUCCUAAUGCAAUGGUUGCCUCGGUGCUAUUCUCGACACUUUUUUCUUUUGUGAUUGUUUUCUGUGGCGUCAUGCAACCUCCGAUGCAAUUGCCUUACUUUUGGCGCUCGUGGAUGUUUCACCUUAGUCCCUUCACUUACUUUAUUGAAGGACUCCUUGGAAACGUCAUUCACGACAAACCAGUCAUCUGCACGGAAAAGGAGCUUAACCCUGUCAACCCUCCCGCUGGUAUGUCGUGUUCUGAGUACAUGGGCAAUUUCACAAAUUCUCUGGAAGAGCCUAUUCAACCAGGCCGCGGCUAUUAUACCGAAAAUAACGGCCAGUGUAGCUACUGUGUUAUGAGCAGCGGAGAAGAUUAUAUGAGCUCCAUCUUACUCAAUUCUUCAUACCGGUUCCGAGACAUUGGUAUUGUAUUCGCCUAUGUGGCUUUCAAUGUUCUACUUCUAUUUGGGUUGUACUAUCUGUUCCGUGUACACAAAUGGAAGAAGGUAAAGCAGAAGAGCACGUCUGACUCUGCCUCAUCUGCAGAAUCUUCCACUGAUACUGAAAUUCCUUUGCAGCGGCUUGAUCGUGAUAUGGCGAACUAUGAAGUGUCAGAGCAAAGCUUCUCACAAAGUCGCACACGGCCUCUCGUCACGGCUGAGUCGGAUAUUAACGAGUACUCGGGCGAUCGAGGACAACGAUUUGCUACGCCGCGCCAACAUUACAGUCAGCACGUUAACAACGGCACUCCUUACGACCUCUAUAACCGCAGGCGGUCAGCUAGCCGCAAGUCGGUGCCUAUCAAUGUGCUUGAUCCACAAGGUGUCCAAGAGCUAUCCCGAAGACUAUCAACUCGAACACAAAAUCGUGCAGCAAAACAGAAUUACGGUGAAGCGUUUGCCACGCCCGUGGCAGGUUCUCCCAGUGUACCGAUGAAGGAGUUGGACCACAGCUCGGAUGCCUUUUCUCCUCAUUUGCUACAAACACCUAUGAUGGAGAAUUCUAGGCCUGAGAAAGAAGAUCCCACCCUCACGCCCAAUCCGUUCGAUGAGAAUAGUAAGUUCGACCUGGCUCGUAUGCUUCAUGAGACAUAUACCCAGUCGGAAGAGCGCGGUAACGUGCACCGUUCGAUGGGUAUUGCAUUCCGAGAUUUACGUGUCACAGGCUUUGGAACUGGUGUACAGCUAAACGAGACCUUUGGUUCACUUUUACUUUCACCGAUCCGAAUUGUUUCGGCCAUCCAAAGCAUGCUCCAUCGGCCCGUGAAAAACAUUCUAGUGGAUGUCGAGGGUUGUGUGAAGCCUGGCGAGAUGCUCCUUGUGCUUGGCCGCCCUGGCAGUGGAUGCACAUCGUUCUUGAAGGCACUGGCAUCAUACCGUGAUGGAUUUCGGAGCGUAGAUGGGACAGUCCUCUAUGAGGGACUGGACUAUCGCAGCAUCGAGGGUCCAUUGCGUGGUGAUGUGGUUUAUUCACCUGAAGACGAUGUUCAUUUCCCGACACUCACCGUUGGUCAAACACUUCGGUUUGCUAGCGCCACGCGUGCACCCAAUGCCAAAUAUCGUGUCACUCUUGGUGAAAAUGGUGACCGUCGCGAAUAUAUUGACCUGACUCGGGAAGUGCUUGCUACAAUCCUAGGUCUUCGUCACACCUACAACACAAAGGUUGGUAACGAUAUGAUUCGCGGUGUGUCCGGUGGUGAACGCAAACGUGUUUCUAUCGCUGAAACCAUGGCCGCCCGUGCAAAGAUUGCCCUCUACGACAACUCAUCGCGUGGUCUUGACUCAUCAACGGCCCUAGAGUUUGUUCAGGCCUUGCGAAUUCAGACCAACAUUGCCAGCUGUACAACAGUGGCUAGCAUUUACCAAGCAGGUGAAAAUAUCACACAGCUUUUCGACAAGGUUGCUCUGUUCAAUCAAGGCCGACUUGUUUACUUUGGGCCGGUGAACUGCGCUGUGGACUACUUCCGAUCCAUUGGGUUUGCGCCUCUAGAUCGCCAAACGACGGCUGACUUUUUAGUCGCGUGCACCGACAUAACGGGACAGAAUAUCGAUCCGCAAUUUUCUGGACCUGUGCCGCGUUCGCCAGAUGAGCAGGCUCGCGCUUUCCGUGAGUCCUGGGUUGGUGAAGCCAACCGAGCUGAGGUGGACAAUUACAUUGCUUUAAUGAUGGAUCGUCAAACGAAGCAAAACGCAAACAAGUAUGUGGAUCUUGCGCGCGAUGAAAGAGCAAAGCAUACAUCACAUAAGAGCCGGUACCUUCUGUCAUGGCCUAUGCAAGUGCGGCUUGCGCUCAAGCGUCGUUAUCAGGUUGCGAUGGGUGAUAUGGGUACGCACAUUACGGUGAUUCUUGCGGCUUUGUUCCAAGCGCUGAUUAUUGGGUCAGUUUUCUAUCAAAUGCCCCCUGAUACAUCCGGAUUUUUCUCUCGUGGUGGUGUGCUUUUCUUCUCUUUGCUGUACAAUUCGUUCACGGGUAUGUCUGAAAUUGCUCUUUGCUAUGAACAACGCCCGAUCGUUAUCCGUCAAAAGCGUUUUGCUAUGCUUCAUCCGUCUGCGGAUGCACUAGGCAAUACAAUUUUGGACUUCCCUAUUCGCAUGAUAUCAAUUGUUGUGUUUGAUAUCAUCGUGUACUGGAUGACAGGUCUCAGCGCAGAUGCAGGCAAAUUCUUUACCUAUUUCGGCGUUACUGCUCUUGUGACAUACUGUAUGACGGCCUUUUUCCGCAUGGUGGCUGCAUCAACCAAGUCGGAGCCAUUGGCUACUACGUUCGGUGGUCUGGCAGUACUGGAUGUGGCCUUGUACACGGGCUAUAUGAUUCCGCGCCCAUCUAUGCGUCCGUGGUGGAAGUGGCUCUCGUAUUGCAAUCCAGUGGCUUUUGGCUUUGAAAUUUUGCUUGCCAAUGAGUACCGCAACAAAUAUUUCAGAUGCACCCAAAUGGUGCCAUUUGAUGUAUCUCCUGACACAAGCUUCAACGCCCGACCGAAUGCAAACAAGGUGUGCCCUAUUACCGGUGCCGAACCAGGUAAUCCCAUGGUGAGCGGUGAGAGGUAUCUCGACCUGAUGUACCAGUUCUAUUGGGACAAUCGAAGUCGUAACGCAGGUAUCAUCAUUGCAUUUUGGAUUUUCUUCGUCAUUAUGUACCUGUAUGCUUCCAAUCACCAAGUGGACCCUGCGGCUAUGGGUGGUGCCAUGCUUUUUGAGCGUUCAAAAGCCAAAAAGCUUAACAUUGAUAAGAUCCAACAGGAUGAUCAAGAGAAGGCGCUCGAGCAUGGAGCCAUUGGUUCACAAGUCGAACAUAACUCGACUUUGCGUGAUACCCAAGCUGCAGGCGGUCAUCUGAAGGUCUCCGAGUCGGUGUUCAGCUGGGAUAAGAUCACCUAUGAUGUGCUCAUCAAGGGCAAGCCUCGUCGUCUUUUGAACCGUGUGUCGGGUUAUGUGGCACCAGGUAAAAUGACUGCACUGAUGGGUGAGAGUGGCGCCGGUAAGACUACUCUUCUCAAUGUCUUGGCCCAGCGUGUGGAUGUUGGUGUCGUGAAAGGUGACUUUUUGGUCAAUGGAAAGCCCUUACCAAAGUCCUUCCAAGCUGAUACUGGCUAUUGCCAACAGCAAGAUGUACAUUUGGCUCAGCACACAGUUCGCGAAGCCCUCCAAUUUUCUGCAAUGCUACGGCAGCCUCGGGAGACGCCCAAGGAGGAGCGCCUUGCUUACGUCGAGACAGUUAUUGAGCUUUUGGAGAUGCAAUCCUUUGCUGACGCACUGGUGGGUGAAGUUGGUGAAGGCUUAAACGUCGAGCAGCGCAAGAGAUUGACGAUUGGUGUAGAACUUGCGGCCAAACCCAGUCUGCUGCUGUUCCUUGACGAGCCUACUUCGGGUCUUGAUGCACAAGCCGCUUGGUCAAUUGUGCGCUUCCUAAAGAAACUGGCGGCCGAAGGUCAAGCUAUUCUGUGUACGAUCCACCAACCCAGUGGUGAGCUGUUCAACCAAUUCGACCGUCUUUUGCUGCUACAGAAGGGUGGUAAGACGGUGUAUUUUGGUGAUCUCGGACCAAACUCGCGGACCCUCAUUGACUACUUCGAGAAGCGAAGUGGAGUGCGCUGUGACGAGAAUGCGAAUCCUGCCGAGUAUAUUCUGGACGUCAUUGGUGCGGGUGCGACGGCAACGACGGACAAGAACUGGCAUGAACUGUUCUUGCAGAGUGAGCAGUACCAGGCUUUGCAGCAGGACCUCGCCAAGAUUUACAGCAGCAAACGUGCUACUGCUGACGAUUCAUCUGCUCAGUCGACUCGCGAGUAUGCUCAACCGUUUGGUGUGCAGCUCUAUCAAGUUACAAAGCGUGCCUUUGUUUCAUACUGGCGCAAUCCCCUGUAUCUCUACACGAAAAUGAUGCUUAAUGUGGUAUCUGGGCUGGUUGUUGGGUCGAGCUUUUGGAAACAAGGACAAGAGUUCACUAUUAUUGCCCUGCAAAACCGUCUCUUUGCGUGUUUCCUCGCUUUGGUUGCGGCCACAUCGCUCUCCCAACAUUUACAACCUGAGUUUAUCCGAUUCCGUGGUCUUUAUGAGGUGCGUGAGAAGCCAUCCAAGAUGUAUGCUUGGCCAGUGAUGGUCUUAAGUGCCAUGCUUGUCGAAAUACCUUGGAAUAUCAUUGGCGGAUCCAUAUAUUGGAUUCCUUGGUACUACCUUAUAAAAUACCCAACGGACUCAAAGCAUGCGGGAUACAGCUGGGGUAUCUAUAUGCUCUUUCAGUUCUUCUACUGCACGUUCGCCCAGUCAAUGGCUGCGAUCAGCCCCAAUGCUAUGAUCUCUUCUAUUCUCUUCUCUACAUUCUUUUCUUUCGUGAUCCUAUUCUGUGGUGUGGUUCAACCGCCGCCCCAACUACCGACAUUUUGGCGUUCAUGGAUGUUCCGACUGAGUCCCUUUACUUGGAUUAUGGAGGGUAUUCUCGGUAAUGCCGUUGGUGGUAGCGAAGUGCAUUGUGCGGCAGACGAACUGCAGGAGAUCAUUCCGCCUGCGGACCAGGACUGCGCGACAUAUUUGAAUGGCUUCACCACCGCAAGAGGAAACGGAACCCGAGGGGUUGGAUACUUCGAAGUAUUGCCCAAUAACAACUGUGGCUUCUGUCGCUUCCGCUAUGGUGAUGAUUACCUGACGUCGGUUGAAAUGCGUGCUAGUGGAAAGUAUCGUGACUUGGGUAUUAUCUGUGCAUAUAUUGCUUUCAACACGGCGCUUGUCUUUGGUAUGUUUUGGCUCUUCCGGAUAUACAAGUUUGGAAAGGGCCGUCAGAGCAAGAAAGCGGCUGCCACUACCUCCGCAACGGAUCCAGAAAGUGAACUUGUUGUACCUCCAGGCACAAUGCAAGUCGAAGCGCCUGCGUUGGCGGUGAAUGUCCCACACAGCAUUGGCGCCGAACUUACCAAUGCCAUGUCCCACCCUGCAAGGCCACCUAGCAGUACAGGAAACCUAGAUGCUGUAUCUCAACCGCACACGCCAUAUUCCCACACCGACAUGUCGCUUUCGUCGGUUCACUUACUACCUAAGCAUCAGAAGCGAUCGGAGGAGAGCCCCUACCUGGGAUCGCCUAUGAUGCCGGGCUCGCACCCGCUUCAGUCAAGGCAAGAAGAUGGCUCUACGGUUGAUCGUACGCCCGCAUCUGACUGGACACUCGCAGACACAAACAUGCCUCACUACCGCCACACUACCCGUGCAGCGCCCGCUAUACCUGACCCCUACCUCGAUGAAAUUCCCAUCUCGGAAGACUCUCCCGAACAGCCUGUGCCUCGUUCACAGCGCACAUCUACCCGUCGUAAGGAUUCAUCUGGCCUCUCUUACUAUUAUGAGCCCGACGACAAUUUCGGCGAGGCACAAUAA